UUCCAUCACUAUCAUUGCAAUUUGGCGCGCACGCGACAGCAACAGACGGUAAUUAUUUGUUUAUUUGUGCGAUGCCUUGUAACACGGAAUUGCCGAGCUCUCCGGAGGAGCUGACGAAUCAAGACAGUGCCCGCUGGAAAGAAUUACUCAACGACUCCACAAAAUGGCACUCCAUUCCGCUGCUAAAUCACACGCCACUGCACAAAUUGCGGGAUCAGGGACUGGUGCGUUUUCGCGGCAUGGUGCAGGACAUGAUGGAUCCAGAAAUCUAUUUGGAGCGCUACGAGGUGAAAUCAGCCGACGGUAGCACACGUCUACAGCCAGGCAAAUAUCGCGAUUGUCUUCGCCUGGGCAAGGAUGAGCAACUGGACUACCAAGCCGAGAGCAAUGUGCAUGGCGAGCGGCGUACAUUGUUCGUUGUGUCGGUACCUGGCUUAAAUGACUGGGCCAAAGAGCAUGAAAAACUAUGUAACCCUCAAACGGAGAACCCAACAAGUCAACAGACUGGGGUUGGAAAUGGUAUAAAACGCUCGCUUGAUGAACAGGAAGACAUGGAAGUAGACAAAGCAGAUGAAUCGAGCGGCAUUAGCUCACCCAAAAGGCAAUGUGUGGCAGUUGAGCCUAAAGCGGAAACUACCGCCAGCAGCUCCGCCGUGCUAGGCACUGACUAUUUGCUCAACUCGCCGCUGCCCGAUCGUCCAAGCAUGGCCUGCAUGAUAAAGGUAUACGAAGAUUUUGACAAGUACACGCUUAACUCUCUUAUGGAUUUCGUGGGCUUUCUGUCCGUGGAUCCAGCGCUGGACGCAUCCACGCUUGAUGUUGAGGCCAUGAGGGAUGUGGAAAGCUUAAGUGAGCUACAGGCACAGAAUCCAUCGCCGUUCCUAAUACCACGCUUGCAUGCCUUUGGCGUCAAGUCGUUGUGCCAUGCUAAUCCGCUGCUGGAUCAGAGUCUGCAGCAGCCCGCAAUACCAGAGCUGGGAUUGACGCAACAAUCCCUGGAAACUGUACACAAGGACCUGCGAAUGCUGCUUAAGCUCUGCCUAUUUGAGGACGAGCUUGCCGCCGAAUAUUUGCUCUGUCAUCUCAUCUCUACGGUUUAUAGCCGCUCCGAAAUGCAGAGCAUAGGUAAAUUUGCACUAAACAUCUGCAAUUUGCCCAAGGAAUGCAUGCAGCAGUACACAACAAAGCUAUACGAGGUGCUUGAGCUACUGCUACCCGCCAGCCACUAUCUACCCAUGACACUGGACACCAUGAACACGGCCGCCUUUGCACCAAAAAAGGAUUACGAGACAAACAAGCUGGUUUCUGGACUGCUGCAGCUGGCACCCCACACGCAUUUGCUGCUGGACGAGACACGCAUGCAGCAGGGCAAGCUGGAGGCAAACGGCGUGCAUGCCAUACAGCAUCUGGCCAAUCUGAUCAACAAUCAGCAGUUAAAGUGCGACUUUCAGUAUUAUCAAAUAGACUACAACGUUGAUAUUCCGGUGCUGGUGCUCAGCGAGGGUCGCAGCAUGUUGCCGAGCGACUUUGUGCUGCCCAUUAAUGCCGAUGGCAAGGCUGUCGAGCUGUAUGAGGAAUCUCUGAAGGCAGCUCUGCACUAUUUGCAGCCGGCGCGGCUGCAGCAGUUCCGCAACUAUUUGACCAUGUCGAGGAUCACCCAAUUCAGCGUGAGCGAGGAGCAUACGGAAAUGAUACAGCAGCACUUUGUGGACAUGCGCAAGGCGAAUGUGAAGAGCAAUGCUGAUGAUUUGCAUGGUCUGUUGGUUUUGUCGCGUCUUUUGGGCAUUGCGCGCGGCAACGGGGCGCUGGAUAAGGAAACCUGGCACCUGGCCACCGAGUUUGAAUCAAAACGUCGCCAGCGGCUGCAAGCAUUGCCCAAGUCAAGCGUUCCCAUGCGCAAUUAGGUACCCCCCAAUUCAAUACAUAUAUAUUUAUUUAA